GUCCUGGUUCAAAGGAUACAGGGAGCUAUGCGCAAGCGCAGUCCGGAGAGUUUGGGGCUUUGAAUGGCUUUUAAUGGUUACAUGGGGGUCUGUUGCUUACAGGUGGAGGUAGAGAAAGCCCAAGCAGGUACGUGGUUUUACACCUGAAAAGAUGCUGACAUUUUUCCUGAUUGGCUUUCUUGUGCAUCUUGUCUUCUUUGCCUCCAUUUUUGACAUCUACUUUACCUCUCCCCUGGUCCAUGGAACAACUCCUCAUCGAGUGCCACAUUUACCACCGGCGAAGCGCCUUGUCCUCUUUGUUGCUGAUGGAUUACGUGCGGACACGUUUUUUGAACUGGAUACGAAUGAACAAACGCGUUCACCAUUUCUCCGAGAUGUGAUCAAACAGAGUGGAAGUUGGGGUGUGUCUCACACACGGGUUCCCACUGAAUCCAGGCCAGGUCAUGUGGCUUUGAUUGCUGGGUUUUAUGAAGAUGUAAGUGCUGUUGCUAAAGGUUGGAAAGAGAACCCAGUUGAAUUUGAUUCUGUUUUUAAUGAGAGCAGACACACCUGGUGCUGGGGAAGCCCGGACAUUUUACCAAUGUUUGCAAAAGGUGCCAGUGGUGACCAUGUUUAUACACACAUGUACCCACCUGAAAAGGAGGAUUUUGCUGCUGAAGAUGCAUCAAGACUGGACACUUGGGUAUUUAAUGAAGUAAAGAACUUUUUUCAAUAUGCCAAAAGUAAUGAGACACUUUCAAACAAAAUGAAGGCAGAUCAGGUUGUUUAUUUCUUGCAUUUACUUGGCCUGGACACAAAUGGACAUGCUCACAGGCCAAAGUCAAGUGAAUACAAGGAAAAUAUCCGAACGGUAGAUAAGGGUAUCCAGGAAGUUGUAUCUGUCAUUGAAGAUUUCUAUGAAAAUGAUAAGAAAACUGCCUUUAUCUACACAUCAGAUCAUGGGAUGACAGAGUGGGGUUCCCAUGGUGCAGGGCACCCUUCAGAAACCCUCACCCCACUGGUUGCAUGGGGAGCUGGAAUAAAUGGGCCUCAGCCAAGUUCAAACCAACAGUUUCACGAUAAUUUUCUGCAAGAAUGGAAACUAAGUGAUAUGAGGAGAUUAGAUGUAAACCAGGCUGAUAUUGCUCCAUUGAUGGCUUCUCUCAUUGGAAUCCCCUUUCCUCUAAAUUCUGUGGGCAUUUUACCUUUGGAAUAUUUAAACAAUAGUGAUCAAUUUAAAGCUGAAUGCAUGCUGACAAAUGCCAUGCAAGUACUGGAACAACUUAAGGUUAAGAUGACUCACAAGAAAGAAACCACUCUGUCCUUCUUGUUCAGCCCCUUCAAACCUCUUCCACCUUCUAAAGAACUCGACAUGCUUCGAAAAGUGAGAGCGUUUAUACAGCAACAUCAGUAUGAUAAAGCAAUCAAACUUUGCAAGUCUCUAAUAAAACUUGGUCUGGAAGGACUCUCUUAUUAUCAUACUUAUGAUCGUGUCUUCUUGGGGAUUGGUGUAGUUCUGGGAUUUUUGGGCUGGAUAUCCUAUGCUUUUGUGCUGAUUGUCAAAUUCCAUACAAGAUUAACCAAGCUAAUCUCCAAACUGGACAAGCUGUCGACUGGCAAUCACCUUCCUGUGAUAUUCAUUGGAGCUGGUGUAAUGAUAACAUUGUUUCUGCUGAUUCAGAGGUGUCCAUGGACCUAUUAUAUUUAUUGCCUGCUGCCAGUCACAGUGUGGUAUGCAGUGAUAAAGGAGUUUAGAGUCAUUCAGAAUGUAAUCAAUUUAAUUUCAACAUAUCCCCCAACAAAAUCCAUUGGCUAUUCACUGCUUUUUAUUCUGGGGAUUGAAACCAUGAUUGCGAGUUUCUUCUACCGUGAAGUCCUUACACUUGGUCUGGUUGCCUUUGCUGGCUGGCCUCUGCAAUCCAAGCUGUUUCAUCGCAAUAAGGCUAUGUCUUUAAGCUGGAUUUUUUUCUGCUUAGUCCUGGCUUUAUUUCCAUUGAUGCCAGUUGUUGGAAGAAGUCCCAAUAUUACCCUUGUAACAGGAGCUGGAUUACUCACUGUCAUCUGCACUUUUGUCUUUUUCACUUCAAUCAAGAUGGCAAAGCAACAAACAGUUGAGACUACAGUGAACAAAAGUGUAUACGUUGCACAGAUCCUGAUCAUUGUCCUGUCAAUCUAUAUUGUGAACACCACACACUCCAGCUUGGCUCUUAAACUUGGAGUGCCAUUAAUCAACCAGAUUAUCAGUUGGGCAACUCUAGCCUCCUCCUUUCUGAUACCUUUGCUUAGCUCAACAUUUCUCUUUCAACGACUGCUAAGCAUAAACCUCUCGUUGAUGUCCGCCUACCUCUUGUUCAGCACAGGAUAUGAAGCUUUAUUUCCACUUCUGCUCUCCUGCUUGACAUUUGUCUGGAUUAAUCUGGAACAAGAGACGAUCCAGCUUCAACAUAUGUCUCCAGUUCCAAAGCUGCCCCAAAUGGAUUUUGCCCAGAAGGCUGACACCACACAGAUUCGACAACUCAGACUAGAUGAUAUAAGACGAUCUUAUUUUUUUAUUUUCUUCAUUGUGACAGCUUUCUUUGGCACUGGAAAUAUAGCAUCUAUAAACAGUUUUGAUCCUGCAUCUGUCUACUGCUUCUUGACAGUUUUUAACCCUUUUGCAAUGGGAGCAUUAAUGAUGUGGAAGAUAUUAAUUCCUUUUGUGAUCGUGAUGUGUGCAUUUGAAAGUAUUCAAGUUUCAACUCAGUUGUCAUCAAACAGUCUUUUUCUGAUUGUUCUUUUAAUCUCCGACAUCAUGGCUUUGCAUUUUUUCUUUUUGGUUAAAGACAAUGGAAGUUGGCUGGAUAUUGGAACAAGUAUCAGUCAUUAUGUCAUCGUGAUGUCCAUGACCAUAUUUCUCAUGCUCUUAAGUCGCUUGGCUGAGAUGCUGACUACUCGGAGAAUUAGACUUCAAGAAAAAAUCAAGCAGCAUUUCACAUAACUGUUGAACAACAUGAAUGAUUAAAACUGAUGUUCCAUUUACACUGCAAAGCUGCAUUUUGGGUUGGAUUAACAUGGUAACAUGGAGUGCCGUUGAUCACACAAGCCCUCUGUCAUUAUCCUCCCUAUGAGGCAGGUGGUGUAAGCAACUGAAUGUAUGAGACAAUUUUCCUAAACUUUGACCAGAGGUUUGUUAUCACAUUGUUUUAAUACCAUCUAAUUCAAAUCAUGUCAAUGUGCAAUUGAUCUAAGGUGGUACUGGGUCCGCUGAGACAAUUUGGCACUGUCAAAUUCAGUGAAAACCAAUUUUAAUCUGGUGGAAUCUUUGUAACCAAAUUAAGCAACUCUGUACAUCUUGCAUGGACAAUUGUAUUCAUAAUAACCUAACUUUACAAUCAGUUGUGGUUAUUGAGCCAUUGGCAUGCCAUUUUUAACUGGAAUAUACCCUUAUAUUUUUGUGUGUGUGAUUGGUUAUGUGCUCCAAUGAAUAGUCAGAACAUGGAACUGGCAAUGUGAUGGAAUAGUGGAGGGAGCAAGUCUGCAGGGGAUUAUUCAGGUGGAGAAAUAUCAAAUUUAAAGAAGAGAGAAAUUCCUAAAAUGAGAAAUACAUUAAAAUAGAUACUGAGCUGAAAUGGGAAAUUUUCUGCAUUAGAUCUGAUUAAGCAUUUUGAUUCUUUUGUUUUGAACUCAAUUUGAUACAUUGGGACUUGUUCUACUUGCUGUUCUGCACUUGAACAUGCUAUAUCAGGUGAAUUUCAGGGGAGUGGUAAUGUAAGUAACACCACAGUUUUGACAUGUCUGGCGUCAAAUUUUAAUUAAAUGGUAUUAGAAGUUGAUGCUUUUAAGACGUAACUAGAUCGAGAUUGAGUUCAAGACUCCAAAUUCAGUUAAAUAUAUGCAUUUACCAGGUAAAUGUGGUUUCUGGGAUUUUUGUGAGCAAAUAAUGUAAUGGCCAAGUUUUGCCUUGAUGGUGAUGUUGCCUUUUAAGUCCAAAAUUAGCUGUAAAAUGAAACUUGCCCUUUUUCCAUUCCUCUCAGUAAGUUUGAAGUUUUUAAUGGGCAUGAUUUGAAUAUGCUGCACUCAACUUGAAUAUUUAUAGACUUGUUAUAUGAUGUGCGUGAUCCAGAUUUUUAUGUUAUAUGACUGUUGAAUAUAAAGAAUUCAAACUUGCUUAGUUACUCUUGGAUUCUUAGCCCACAAGAACAUUUAUUCCCAAUCAUACAUCUGGUUUAUUUUUAAAGUUUUAGGUUGUUAUAAACAUUUAUAAUUCUUUAAAUAAAGAUUUUUUCCUUAUUUUAA